UACAAGCAAACCGCUGGGCAACACAUUUCCGUUUACCAAGCGGCGUUGCCAAGGAGACAUCCGCUGUGACGCUAGCAUAACAUACCUCUAAUGCUAAGGUGAUACAAAGACUACGACAAAGUGUCAUGGCAGAGCUGCACAUUAUAGGCCAGCUAGUUGGAGCUACAGGCUUCCCUAACUCUAGCCUGUUUUGCAAAUGGGGUGUCCACACCGGAGGAGCAUGGCGACUUCUGUCCGGCUUGAAGCACGGACAGACCCAGGUGGAUAAUCCACAAACAGGAGACAUGGCGUACUGGUGCCACCCCAUUGACUUGCAUUACGCCACCAAGGGACUCCAAGGCUGGCCUAAGCUUCACCUCCAGGUGUGGCACCAGGACUCUUUCGGCCGGUGCCAGCUGUAUGGUUACGGCUACUGCCACGUCCCCUGUAGCCCCGGACACCAUCGGAUAACCUGCGGGACUUGGAGGCCAAUCGGCUCCUGGCAGGAGCAGCUAUCGCAAGUGUUUGUCGGCGGUGGACCGCAGCUCAAGAGCCCGGAUCUUAUUUACAGCGGAGCGGAUCGUUACAGGCUGUACACCGAGGCGAUGGGGACCGUGGAGCUGGAGCUCGGCAUCAUCAUGAGACACUUCGACAAAUAUGGCGUCGAGAAUUGAUGUUUACGUGUUGUCAUGUUCUACUUGGACGCUUUUGACCAAAUUUACAUGCUUAUAUACUUUUUAUUGGCGUGUAUAUUAAUUGUGGUAUAAAUAAAACUGCAUGUGAUUUGUUUUUAAGAACUGUGCAAAAUGUGCAAAAACGCUAGUCAAAUAUCCUCUAUAUGACAGCAGUUUUUGGAAACCUCUUGCGAAACUGCAAAGAUACAUGACAAGAGCACACUGCUGUUUUUAGGGACCAACCACAAAAACACUAGUUGAAAUCCUCAACAUCAGCGGUAGGAAACCUAUGGCUCGGGAGUCAGAUGUGGCUCUUUUGAUGACUGCAUCUGGGUCUGACAUUUCUCAACACAAAAUGUAUUUUUUUUUUUUGCUGACAUUUAAAGUUAAACAUUAUAGAAAUCACAUUAUUAAAAAUAACGUUGAAAAUAUAUAACUUUCGUAUGCAUUUUAAUCCAUCAAUAUUGUACCGCAAUGCAGGUGGCUAGAGCCAAUGCCAGCUGUCCUUCCUAUAUUUUUCAGGUCAGACAUUAAAACUUUAUUAUUGGAUAAUGCGGUAGGUAGCCUAACCGGGUCAUUGAGAGGUCAAGAUAUAAUCUUUCCUUUUUUAAUCAAAUCCUCAGCUAGCCAAGUCUGCAGAGCAAACCCUUUUGACAA